CGGUGGCUUCCGUUAAAGAGGGGACAGUAAGAGCUCAGACCACCCGGAUGUCCCCCGGGGUGCUUGUCUUUCCCCACACCCAAGAACCCAUCCCAUUCCUUGAUUCUAACCCUCUUUCAGGGAUGGGGAAACUGAGGCAAGGAGGCUCGGGUGCCUUUCCGAGGUCGCAGGGCCAGUGAGUGAGUGGAGAGCCAGCUUUGAUGCCCGCUGUGCUGUGGCUCCUUCCAGGGCACUGAGGUCUGCCUUCGUGGUGGGGACAGUCAGAGUCGGCUGGUGACUGCCCUUCCGAUCUCGAGGAAAUCGGCAUGGCAAUGGUGUCGGAAGGACCCCGUGCCUGGACCCCUGAGAGGUGGCAUCGGGGCCGUGUGCUGGGCCACCCUGGAGAGCAGCAGAACAUGUCCCAGCCGGACCUGGAGGAGCUGGCCGAAAUAGAGCUGCAGAGGGACGAAGAGAAGGCGGCCGCCCUGAGCAUAGCGAGAAAGCCCUUGGUGGUGCCCACACCUGGCCAGGACCCCGCGCUCAGCGUGAAUCACCCCUUCUACGACGUGGCCAGACACGGUAUCCUGCAGGUGGCAGGGGAGGAUCGCUUUGGAAGACGGGUCAUCACGUUCAGCUGCUGCCGGAUGCCCCCCUCCCACGAGCUCAACCACAGGCGUCUGCUGGAGUAUUUGAAGCACACGCUGGACCAGUACGUGGAGAGCGAUUACACCAUCGUCUACUUCCACUAUGGGCUGAACAGCCGGAACAAGCCGUCCCUGGGCUGGCUCCAGAGCACCUACAAGGAGUUCGACAGGAGGUACAAAAAGAACUUGAAGGCGCUCUAUGUUGUGCACCCCACCAACUUCAUCAAAGUCCUGUGGACCAUCUUCAAACCCCUCAUCAGUCAUAAGUUUGGGAGAAAAAUCAUCUAUUUCAACUAUUUGAGUGAGCUGCGCGAACACCUCAAAUACGGCCAGCUGAUCGUCCCCCCCGAGGUCCUGCGAUACGACGAGAAGCUCCGGAACCUGCACGGGGGCCAGGUCCCUGCUCCCGCCAAGACGCCGCCACCGCGGCCCCCCCUGCCCACCCAGCAGUUUGGCGUCAGUCUGCAAUACCUCAAGGACAAAAAUCAAGGUGAACUCAUCCCUCCUGUGCUGAGAUUCACAGUGACAUAUCUAAGAGAGAAAGGACUCCGCACUGAGGGCCUGUUCCGGAGAUCGGCCAGUGUCCACACCAUCCGCGAGAUUCAGCGGUUGUACAAUCAAGGGAAGCCCGUGAACUUUGACGACUAUGGGGACGUCCACAUCCCUGCCGUGAUCCUGAAGACCUUCCUGCGAGAGCUUCCCCAGCCGCUGCUGACCUUCACGGCCUAUGAGCAGAUUCUCGGGAUCACCAGUGUGGAGAGCAGCCUGCGGGUGACCCGCUGCCACCAGAUCCUGCAGAGCCUUCCAGAACACAACUACGCCGUCCUCCGCUACCUCAUGGGCUUCCUGCAUGAGGUGUCCCGGGAGAGCAUUUUUAACAAGAUGAACAGCUCCAACCUGGCGUGUGUCUUUGGGCUGAAUUUAAUCUGGCCGUCCCAGGGGGCGUCCUCCCUGAGUGCCCUCGUGCCCAUGAACCUGUUCACCGAGCUGCUGAUCGAGUACUACGAGAUGGUCUUCAGCACCCAGGAGGCUCGCGGGGGGCUCGGUGCCGGUGCUGUUGAGGCAGGGGAGCAGAGUGGCCCCGUCUCUAGAGGCCGGACACCCCGACGGCCUGGCCUCGUGCCCCGCGCCUCCGCGGCCCCUGACGGUGCCCGGGAGACUCCUCUGGUGCUGGAAGCGUCACGCUGAGGCCCGUCUGUGCGUGCUGUCGUCGUGUUUUGUAAACUUGCCAUUAAACAAACUUCUCGUGAA